UAUCGUGAGAGUUGGAUGAGAAGAACCUAGCUGUAUGAGCUAACAGAGCUAACCGUCCGAGAGGACCGAUUUACCGACUGAACCGGUGAAACAUGAAUUAUUUACCGGUUUCAGUCCGCUGACUUCACCACCGGUAGGCAGCGGGUUAGUUUAGAGUGAAGUACAAGAUGGAUUUGAACACCGAGAGUGGUUCUCCCAGAGAGGAGGGCGAGUUGGAGGACGGAGAGAUCUGCGAUGAUGAAACCGAGGAGAGUGUGCCGCCGCGGCGGGGGGAUGGUAGCAGGCCCGGCCGCGGCGCUCCUCCGCGGUCACGAAAACCCCACCAACACCCGCACAACAUGCUGCAGCACUCGUGCCACCCGCCGCCAGACUUCCGCCUUCUGAUGCCAUACAACCGCGGACCUCGCGGACACGGCCCGUUCCCCCCGAACCACCGACAGCAGUGCGAGCCGAGCGGGCCCGACCGGCCUCCCGCUCCCUCCACGAGUCCGCCGCCACCGCUGCUGCUGCCGCCGGGGCCGAUAACCAGCUUCUGGGAGCGGAGCCACGGUGCCCUGGGCCGGCUCAGGCACCGGGCCAUGCCGAACGGUGGACGCGGGGGCUGGAACCGAGGGAGCCGUGGCGGCUGUAACAGCAGAGGUCCCCGCGGUCGGUUUGGCCCGGGAGAAGGUCCCGUCAACCGGUUCGGACCGGGAGAAGGUCCCGUCGGCCGGUUCGGGCCCUUAGAGAGCCACGGUAACAAGAAGGACUCUCCCUCGAGAAAACAGAAGCCUGCGGGCCGGACUGCGGGCAGGAAGGCGGCUCACGGCGUGUGUAAAGCGGAGAGCGUGGACGAGUCCUUCGAGGACCUGCUGUCCAAGUACAAGCAGAUUCAGCUGGAGCUGGAGUGCAUCCGCAAACAGGAGACCAUGGCCCUGGAGCCCAAAGGCUCCCCCGCCAGAGAGCAGACCCCCGACCACAGUAUUACAGAGACCGAGCCCGGACAGGUACCAGGACCUGGACUGGCUCUGGCUUUGGCUCCGGCAGCAGAGGAACCAUCAGAACUGGAGAAAGUGGAGAAAAAAGUUUUCCAGGCGUUCAACAUCAAACCUCUGCGUCAGAAGCUUCCUCCUCCUGCCAAGCUGGAGCAGCUGAACACGUGUGGCGAGCAAAACACAGAGGGCGGCGAGAAGGAGGGCGGAGAAGAAGAAAAAACAGACGCAGCAGAAGCCGAACAGAAAGCUGAAGUAGAGUCGGAGGAGGAGGAGGAGGAGGAGGAGGAGAAGGAGGAGGAGGAGAAGAAGAAGAAGAAGAAGAAGUGUGUGCGCUGCAGUGAGCAAAUACACAAAGAAGAGACAAAUACACAAACCUGCUCCUGUCGCAGGGAGUCAUCGGCCUCCAGCGAGGAGGAGGCCCCAGAUAAGCCACAGGUGAAGGUGGAGGAGGAGGAGCUGUCGGAGCUGCAGCUGCGCCUCCUUGCGCUGCAGUCGGCCAGUAAGAAGUGGCAGCAGAAGGAGCAGCAGGUUCUGAAGAGGAGUAGAGAGCGCAUCACUAAAGCGCCGCCGCAGGAGAAGAGCUGCUCAGUGCAGAGAGUCACCAGGUCUGUGUCCUCCGCAGCCGCCGCCGCCGCAGAGAGGACCAGAACCAGGUCCAAACCCCCGGACAGGGACCGAGACAGAAUCAAGGCCGUGCCCAGACCUGCAGACAGAGGCAGGGAGCGGCCCAAGCCCCCCCCAAACCUUGCAGGCCAAGGCCCAGCCAGGAAGCUUUUCUAAUCCUAAUAAUACUGUGUGUCAGGCUCGGUGGCGAAGCAGGCGUUCAGGAGCCAGCAGCUGAGGACGUGGAAGCUGCAGCAGAGGGAGCAGGAAGAGAAACGUCGACAGGAGGACAUGAGAGACCGCAAACGAGAGGACGAGAUCCGACGAAUCAGAGACCUGUCCAACCAGGACGAGCAAUACAACCGCUUCAUGAAGCUGGUGGGGGGGAAGACCAGGACACGCAGCAAAUCUCGAGAUGCAGAACACAGGAAGUCGGCAGGUAAACAGGGCCUGGACUCUUCGGGGAAUCUCUACCAGUACGAUAACUACGACGAGGUUGCCAUGGACACGGACAGUGAGACCACUUCACCAGUGGCGUCACCGACUCACAGCCAGCUGCCUGCAGAAGAUGCAACGAGUUUCCCUCCGACGUCUCUUUACAUCUCUGACUGUCUGCACUUUGGCCCGGAUUUCUCUCGGACGUUCGUCUCCCCCAUGCUAUCCGGCCUGCCUCCCCCUCCUCCCCCUCUCCCCCCUCCUCCAGACGAGCUAGAGCCUCCUCCCAAACCUCCCUUUGCUGACGAAGAGGAGGAGGAAGAGAUGCUCCUCAGGGAGACCUGCCUCAUAUCUAUGGCCCACAAGAGAGUGACUGCAUCAGAGGAGAGGAACUCCAGCGGUCCGCCGUCUCCGGGCUGUCCGCCGCCUGCAAGCCUUCAGCAGCCAAUCAGAGGGAACUUGAGCACAGCCAGUCUGAACACCGUCACCCAACCCCGGAGCAACAAGUUCAGCAGAGGACACCACGUGGCCAGACCGCCCCUAGUGCUGCCCCGACACAAGUCCGUGGUGGUUUCUCUAAUGGACUCUGAUGACAGUGACUCUGACAUGGACCCCUGCGGCUCCUCACAGCCGGUGUUCGGAGGGCUGGAGUUCAUGAUCAAAGAGGCCCGGAGGACAGUGGAGGCAGCGAAGCCGAAAGCAGCCUCGGGCUCUGAGAAGGAGAACAACCCGGUCAGGACUCCAGAGGCUCUGCCUGAAGCCAAGAAGGCCGAGUACAGGCUGCUGAAGGAGGAGAUCGCCAGCAGGGAGAAGCAGAAGAUGCUGAAGGAGCUCGCUGCUGCUGCUCCUCCUCGCUGCUCCUCCUCGCCCAUCGUCCCCGACGCUCUGCAGGAUUCAUCCGUUAAAGCUGCUGCAGAGCUGAAAGUGAGCGAAGCAGAGCAGAGGCUCAACAAACACAGGCAGCUGCAACAGAGGGACGAGGCCGUCCUCAGACACCUACUGCAGCAGGAGCUGAAGAAGAGAGAGUCUUUGAAGGCGGCCGAGGCCAAAGUGCUGAAAGUUCGGGAGCAGUUGCUGGCGUCGGAGAAGAUCGUGAGCGCCAACAAGACGCUGCUGAAGAAACUGCAGGAGCAGGUGCACCGUGUGGAGCACCGUGUCUCCAUAAAGAAGAGUUUGUCUGUGAGGCUGGAGCAGGAUCUGUCUCAGGCACAGCAAGCUGCAGGCCGAGGAGCCAAACGCAGAGCAGACGGCAACCAGAGCUUGCCCACGAAGCUGCAGCGCAUGGACGCCGCCCCCCGGGGAUCGGAGCGUCACUUUGCGGAGCUGAUCGCUCAGAAGCAGCGUCUGCAGCAGCUGGAGUCUGAGUACGCUCUGAAGAUCCAAAAGCUGAAGGAGACGCAGGCGCUGAGGCACAAAGCCCCCCCAACCUCAGAGCUGCCCCCGGAGCCUGCGCCCCGAGUGUCCACCCCCCCGGAGCCUCAGAGCCAGCCUGCUUCCUCCUCCUCCCCCUUUCCCCUGCCUCAGCCCUCCCUGCACGACCUCACCCAGGACAAGCUCACCCUGGACAGCGAGGACGUCCCGGAGGCCGAGGAGCCGGAGUCGGAGGGUUCCGCAGCAGCAAGAGGCAGCCGGCGCCUGUCCCACCGUCAGCCGUGCUCCUUCACCAAACCCCACCUGGAGCAGCCGAGCAGCACGCCGGCCAAAGACAGCACGCCGGCGCAGGCGUCCAGCUGCAGCCUACAUGCGGAGGUGCUCGCGGGCCUGGACCUGGAGGCUCUGCAGCUCAGGGGGCAGCAGCAGGGCCGGCUGGGGGAGCUGCUGCAGAGGGAGCUGCACACGCUGGGGGGGGGCGUGCACAGCCCCCCCGUUGCACAGGUGGUUUCCGCGGAGAUGGAUGCAGCCAUGAGCCAAUCAGGGAGCUCGGAGCUGAAACCUGUUCCCUUUGGGUCCUAUCACAGCCCUCUGUUGGUCUUCAGGUCAUACAGGUUCAGUCCGUAUUACCGGACAAAGGAGAAAUUAUCUCUGAGCUCCGUCACCUACAGCAACACCAUCGAGCCGCGCAAGAGCUUCUGUCGCUUCGACCUCACGGGGACCUGCAACGACGACGACUGCCAAUGGCAGCACAUGAGGAACUGCACUCUGACAGGAAACCAGCUGUUCCAGGACUUCCUGUCCUACAACCUGUCUCUGAUUGGCUGCUCGGAGCUCAGCACUGAAGAGGACGUUAGUGUCUCCACAGAAAGGUACAUGAAGAAGCUGUUCGGCACCAACAGAGACAGGAUGGGUGUGGACCAGAAGGCCGUGCUGUUAGUCAGCAAGGUGAACGAGAGCAAACGUCACGUGCCUCCCUUCACCACCUGUAAGGACUCGAGGACGUGGAGGCCAAAGCCAUCGGCGCAGAGCAGCGUCCGUCCCGAGGAGGACAGCGAGGACGAGUCUGCGGGAGGAGAGCUGACAGCGGGGGGAAGAUACGACGGCGUCUCCACCUGCACCCUGUCUGCUCUGGACGUCUGCGUCACGUCGGAGGACAAACGUUACUUCAUCAGCGAGACGGAUGACAUUUCAAAUCUGGAGACGAGCGUCCUAGAGAGUCCGCGAGACACCCAGCUGUGGAUCAAGCUCGCCUUCAAAUACCUCAACCAGAAGGAACCGUCUGCAGCAGAGUGUCUGGAGGCCGCCCUGAACACGCUGUCCCGGGCUCUGGAGAGUAACUGUGAGAACCCCGAGGUGUGGAGCCACUACCUGAGCCUGUUCUCCAGGAGGGGCAGCAGGGAGGAGGUGCAGGAGAUGUGUGAGAUGGCUGUGGAGCACGCGCCCGACUACAAAGUGUGGUGGAACUAUCUGCAGCUGGAGAGUUCGUUCGAGGGAAAGGACUACGUGUGUGAGCGCCUGCUGCACUUCCUCCUCUCUGCGGCGACUCCUCCCGUCUCUGACAGACUGUCCUUCCAGCUGAUGGAGGCUCUGCUCUACAGAGUCCACCUCAACCUGUUCGCCGGGCGCAUGGAGAGUGCUCUGGCAGUUCUACAGAACGCUCUGAAGUCAGCCCACGAGCGGAGCAUCGCCGAGCACCUGGUGGUCGGUGACCGCGCGCUGCUGUGGCUCUCCUAUAUCCACCUGACGGAGUUCGACCGGCUGCCGGCCGGACUCUUCGACCCGGCAGAGUCCGGACCGGCCCGCCUCGUCAGCAGAGAGUCCUUCCUGCUGCCCUGGAGGACGCCGCAGGACGUCAGCACGCCACUGCACAUCCUCAUCGCUCUUUUCCAGGACGCCGUCCUCCAGUGCAGCGAUGAGUCUCUGUCUCCCAGUGAUAGGAUGCUGGCUUGCCUUCCUCUGCACAACAAUCUCAUCUUCCUCCACCGGCUGCUGGGGAGGUUUGACGAGGGCGUGGCUCUGUGCGAGUCUCUGCUGCAGUUUUGUCCCGAGUCAUGUGCUCUGAGAGACGCUCUGGCCGACCUCCACAUCCUGAAGGGAGACGCAGACGAGGCGGUUAGCAUGUGGCUUCACGCUCUGGCAGAAUGUCCCAACAACGCAGAAGUUUUCUAUCACUCCUGCAAGUUCCUCAUGGCUCAGGAGAAGUCGAGUGCCAUCGCUCCUCUGUUUCGAGGGUUCAUCCUGUCUCUGUGUGAGGACGAACAGAGUCAGAAGAAGCCUGUGGACGUUCUGCGACACCUCCUGGGUUUCCACACUGAGGAACUUCUCAGAGGUCCGAUCAUCAAGGCUCAGGAGCAGCUCAGUCAGCAGAUGUCCUACCUGCACCUCAUCCACUGUUGCUGGCAGCGGCUGCACAGCUCUGUGGAGGAGACGGUGGACGCCUUCGAGAGAGCGCUGGGAUCAACCCUGCAGCGAGACGAGCUGCACAAACUCUGGAUGGAUUACCUGGAGUUCAGCAGCAGCCAGCAGGCCCGGGCUGCGUCAACUAGUCCGUCCAAACUGUUGUCAGAUCUGAUCCAUCGCUGUCUCAGCUCCGUCCCGUCCCGGCUGGAGCUGCCCUUCAACCCUGCAGAGUUUUGGAGCUGCUACAGCUUCCACAACAAGGUGGUGACUCUCUACCUGAGCUGUCUACCGCAGUCCCAGCAUGCACUUGUUCUGGAGAGACUGAGAUACGCCAUGCCCAACAACACUGAGCUGGGUCUGAGGUUGCUGCAGCAGGAGUGGCAGGAUGGAAACAUUGAACAUCUGAAGUUCCAGGUCCGGAUGUUGAGCAGCCACGCUCCGAAGUGUCUGGCUUACUGGAACAUAGCGAUAGCUGUGGAGAGGGAGCUAAAGGAGACUUCUGAGGUGCGACUUCUGUAUCAGCAGGCUCUCACCAACCUUCCUCUGUGUGCUGCCCUCUGGAAACAUGUAAUUUACCCCCAAACACUUAAACACACGCACACAGAUGGACCCUGACCGGUUUACACUCACUUACUGUGUCUCAGGUGGAUCUACCUCUGUGAAGGGUGGAGACGUGUCGCAUGUUGAGAAUAUUUAAUAUCAAAAACGUUGAUUAUUGUCUCAGUCGUCAUGGUCUCUAGUCGUGGGAUGGUCUCUGCGUGGGAUGGUCUCUGCGUGGGAUGGUCUCUGCGUGGGAUGGUCUCUAGUCGUGGGAUGGUCUCUGCGUGUGUGGUCUCUAUGCGUGGGAUGGUCUCUAUGCGUGGGAUUGUCUCUAUGCGUGGGAUUGUCUCUAUGCGUGGGAUUGUCUCUAGUCGUGGGAUUGUCUCUAGUCGUGGGAUGACCUGUCGGUAUGGAGUGGUCUCUAAGCACGCGAUGGUCUCUAGGGAUGCGCAGCUUCACAGGACACAGGAAGUGACAGCAGGAUGUGAACAAGGCCUUUGUACUCACCUUUAUACACACAUGUUCAGCUACUGCCCACCCCCUUCCUCACCUCUUCUCUCUCUGCCCCCCCUCCUCUCUACUUUUCCCUCUCUUAUCCCUUCUUUCCCCCCUCUCUGUGUCUCCACCCCCCCCACUGCAGCGCCUGCUGUUUGCAGCAGCUGCAGGAGUUGGACCCGACAGACUGCGGCGGCUGCUCUUCAGGUGUCAGCAGGUGGGAGUGAGUCUCAGUCUUAGUGAGCAGCUCACUUUAGUGACAGAAGAUCAGUGACACUCCUCAAACUCAGACGCAAUGAUAAGAAUAAAACACAGUGAGCUGUAGAUGAUUGAGUGAGAGCAGACAGAGGUAAGACAGACGCCCCCCACCUCCAUGAGGGACACCACGCGAGUGUCCACAUGUGUCUCUUCAUGUACGUAAGUAUAGACCUGCUGAGUGACACAGUGAUGCCUUUUAAUUCAUGUUGUUUUGUCACUUUCAUUUGGAUUUCAUUUCCUCCCUUUUUAUUUUAUCUGAAACCAACACCCCACCCCCCCCCCCCCCCCCCCCCCCCACCCCCACACACACAGUGCGUUUUAAAGGAUGUUUUCCCACCUGUAGCAAUGCUGCUGCAACAUCUGCAAGUUGUCUUUUCUUUGUCUCCUGAGGAAACACAAGACUUUUAUUUUGAUAAAGUGAUCAAACAAAACGAAAGCAGACAAACUGAAUAUUUUGUAUUUGGUCCGAUGUGAGAGACUCUGGAUCCCGCCGCAGGGCGCCGCAGGACACGCUCACAUGCUCUCGUGUUUUUUGUUUUUGUCAAAAUUCUACCAUAUAAUGAUUAAAGAGUAUUAGAGCGGAGAGGAGUCCUUCCACUGCUGUUUUUAUAUGUUGGAUUUAAAUGUUAUUAAAUUAUUUUCUAAAUAUAAAA